UCUGAAUGUCUUUUUCUAACAGGUGAAGCUAUUCAUUACUCUUAGAAGUACUUUUUUCGGAGAUCUGUGCUGACAGUGAUUAAGGGACUGUUGGCCAUUAAAAAUGGAAGAAGCAAGGAAGCUUUCCCCAAAGCCAAGUAAAAGCAAAGAGCCUGUGAAAACAGAAUGGGGAUCUCAGAGCGUGGUGUUCACCUAUUUCCAAGGGGACAUUAACAGCAUGGUAGAUGAACACUUUUCUAGAGCUCUCAGCAAUGCCAAGAACCCCCAAGACCUGAGCACAAAGCACAAGGUAGACAGCAUGUUUCCCCAUCAGUGGAAUUUCUCUUCAUAUUGCUGCAAAUCAUAUCCAUCAUCUUCUUCAACAAACAUGGCAAAUUCUGCUCUGAAUUGUUCUGCUGCUGGUGUGGUAGGCCAGUGCCAGCCAUCAUCUCUGUGUAGUUGUCCAGCUCAACCUGCAGAUUUAUGGCCCUUCCUUCCAAUUGGGACUCCCAGUGUAACCAGUUCAGUGUAUCCUCACACCCUUCCUGACCUGCAUGCAGCUGAUGAGCUGAUCUCUGACAGGAAAUACAGUUCUCUUCUUGGCCUUCUGCAACGGGAAAGGUGCUUAACAUCCAUGCAAGAAUGCACCAUGAAGCAACACUCAAGUUCUGCUUGUAUGACUGGACCUGCAAGGUUACAAAAUAUGAGUCAAAGUUCAGCUCCUGGGGGAGAGAGGAAAGCAAACUCUUACCAAGGCUCAGAAAAUCCCAGUGUAAGCCAUGCCACUCCAGGUAUUCAGCUUCAUGACAGAAGACGAAAUUUGUACUUCUAGCACCUGAAUGUUUCCACUUUGUUCUGAAAGAGCAAGUUAUUUCAGUGAACAUUUUAUUAUUUGCAACUGUGAAUCAAGAAGAAACCAACUGCAGCUAAUCCCAUGUUUUUUCGCUCAGCUGGAGGAAUACGUGUACUAUUUACUGUUUGGGGAAUGACAAAAUAACCCUUUUCUAUACAGUAAAUAAUUUCUAAUGUUUUUGCUGUUAAUUUGGCAGUAUGUUUGUUGUGGCGAUAUAUUGUUUAUUUAAGGCUUUACAUGUAGCCCUCUGGAAAGGACUCCUGCACUUUUUUAAUUUUUGUGUUUAUUAAUUUACCACCUCCUGAUAAGAAGCACAUUUCUUAUCAAUACAGCUGAUAACCUGUAAGUACAGGGACGCAGUUAGCAUAAAUUCGGUGCUGCAGCUUCGUAGCUUGAUUUGAUACCUCCAUGUUGCUUAAAAUAGUCUUAGGCCGCUGGCAAGAGACUUCAACCACAGGUCAGCAAAGCACAUUAUUGUAUUUAUGUUUCAAAAGUGCAGCAAUUUGUGACCAUACUUGCAAUUCCUAGGAAUACUCUUCAGAAGUUUGUUAUAUACCUAUGCCUGAAGGCUCUGUUCUGCCUUCUCACCAAUAUAUAAUCAUCCUCUAGAAAGCUAUGAAUUCACAUUAGCUCUGAGAGGAAACCUAGAUUCUCAUUGGGUGCAAUUAAAAUAACAUUCAGCAAAAAGCUGCAGGUAGGAGUGUUCUAUUUUCCCAGCCUCUCUGCAGGUGUAAAAGAUUCUUUUUCUAAAUAAGCUCUGGGUU